GAACUUUGCAGAAGCCGGCGGCGAAUCCUCGCCACCUCCUGAGGGGAAAAAAACAAAACAAAACAAAAACCCGGCCCGGUUGCCCUUGAAGAAGAGUUGCUGGGUCUCCAAUCUCAGGAUCAGCCGGGAUUUUUUUUUCUUGUUGCCUUUUCCCCCCCACGAUUUCGUGAGAGCGCUCGACUCUCCCCUCCAGGGAGGCGAUUUCGCAGCAUGGAACCCGUGGUACCCGCUCCGUCCCCGGGGGCGCCGCGCUAAGGCGGCGGCGCCCGAGCCAGCCCCCUUGCUUCCCCCACUCAAAAGUCCCAUUGAGAAAGAGGAUCGCGCGGGAACCCCUGAGCGGGCCGGCGCCUCGCCCGUUGGCUUCCCCCACCUCCCACCCACGCCUUCCCCCGCUCGCUGCGCCGGGAUCGCGGCGUCUAAAACCCGGCGGAGUUUCGGAACGCGAGCCGCCUCCUUCCUUCGAGCGGCGCGGGGGUGGGGGGCGCUGCCAGCGACCGGGCACGUGCUCGCUCUCAUUCCGAGAGCAGCUGUCCGGGGCCGGGCUCCCGCUCCACGUGCUGCCGGUCCCAGCGAGGGGGACGGCCCUCUCCCCUUCCCGGGGACUUGGUUGUACGCCCGGUGCUCCUCCUUCUCCUCCUCCUUCUGCUUUUCCUCCAGCUGCCGUCGCCGCUGCUGCCGCUGCUGCUUGGGACUAGCCGCCGCCCCCUUCCCCGGUGGAUGCCGCCGGGAAGCGGGCGGAGCGCGCAGCCGGGGAGGGGGGCUGCCGCGGCCGCCGGAGUACAUGCCAGUGCCCUCUCCUCCUCUUCCUACCAGAAUGCUUUACUUCCAGAUGGUGAUCAUGGCAGGGACCGUGAUGCUGGCUUAUUACUUCGAGUACACCGACACCUUCACGGUCAACCUGCAGGGCUUCUUCUGCUACGAGAGCGCCUACCGCAAGCCUUACCCGGGCCCGGAGGAGAGCAGCGCGGUGCCCCCCGUGCUCCUCUACUCGUUGGCGGCGGGGGUGCCAGUCUUGGUGAUUAUUGUUGGAGAAACUGCAGUGUUUUGCUUACAGAUGGCCACACGGGAUUUUGAAAACCAAGAAAAAACAAUAUUAACUGGAGACUGUUGCUAUAUAAACCCACUGGUGCGCAGGACUGUCAGGUUCCUUGGCAUUUAUGCAUUUGGACUUUUUGCAACAGACAUAUUUGUAAAUGCUGGACAAGUAGUAACUGGGAAUCUUGCACCUCAUUUCCUUGCACUUUGCAAGCCCAACUACACAGCUCUGGGAUGUCAGGAGUUUACACAGUUCGUCGGUGGUGCAGAGGCUUGCUCUGGAAAUCCUGAUCUUGUCAUGAAAGCCCGAAAAACUUUUCCUUCCAAAGAAGCAGCUCUGAGUAUAUAUGCAGCAACAUACAUCACUAUGUACAUCACCCACACAAUAAAGGCCAGAGGAACCAGGCUGGCAAAACCAGUUCUUUGCUUGAGCAUAAUGUGUAUGGCAUUUCUUACUGGUAUCAACAGAGUAGCAGAAUAUCGAAAUCACUGGUCAGAUGUGAUAGCAGGAUUUCUAGUCGGUAUUUCAAUAGCUGUGUUUUUGGUGAUAUGUGUGGUUAAUAAUUUUAGAGGUAGGCAACCAGAACACGAGCAGUCGCACAUGGACAAUCUGGGACAAAUGUCUAUGAUCAGCAUCCCUCGGGUAGAACAUUCUGUAGUAAAGAACCACCUCACAGCCUUUGCAGAAGUCACAUGAUGGAGAAAGGGAUGUCUACUCGCUACAUUGGACAUCAUCUCUUUUCACAGUUCACUCGUAAUGACUGAAACAAUUUCAAUAUUAAAGAAAAACUGAUUUGGUCUUAGAAUCUGAUCUAACAGCAUUAAAAUUUACAGCAGCCUAGGAAGAAUAUGCCUGAAUUAAGAAUAUUUUCCAACUCCAACCAAAAGCAUUGUACCAUUUAGGGAUUGGGUGGGGAAGAGUGAACCUCAGCAUGUCAUAUAAACAUACCAUUCCCCCUGUUCCGGCAUAUUUAUUUCCUAACUUGGUCAUGUAAGUAUUAGACUGUAUUCCAAGGAGAUCUGGUCUUUAAAAUUCAGCAUGACACUUAACUCCCAUUUAAACCGAUUUCAGUGUACACUUUUCUAAAAGAAUCUUAUCCAGAACUCAGAUGCCACUGGCACUUCCUAUUAUAUAUUUCUCAUACCACAUUUCUUAAGACUGGUGCUUCUGUUUUUGAAGAAAAAAAUGCCAUUUAUACUCUAAUAAGUAUUCUAUUGUUAUUUUAAAACAAAUUAUUUAUUUCGAUAUUUUCCUGACUUCAUGUGGUUGAAUAGUUGAUUUUGUAGUUCUUCAAAUGUCUUCAAUGUACCCUGUUGUUAGGAUUAGAAAUGAGAACAUGUAGACAUUGGGGUAGAUUAUUCUUUUACUAUCAAACACUAACUAAAGGUUUAUAACUCCAAACUUGUUGCCAGCAUAUUCAUAUACCUACUCAUUCAUAACAUACCAUUAUUGCUUUUUAUGGAUAGUAGCUAAAGGUUACGGGACUUAGAAAACACACUUGUCACAGUAGUUUUAAAGCCUUUGAUUCUGUCCUUUACAUAUUGGAAGAAAUAAUUAGAAUAUUCUUUGUUCCCAAUGGGGGCAGAGGAUACCACUCCCCACUCCUGCUUAGUGCUGAACCAGCAAUCACCCCCCCCCCGCCCCACGAUUUUUUAAACCUCAGAGAAUAAAAAAUCACAGAGCAAACGGAAGGGCAGCGGGUGAAAUGAAUGACAGAUAUUGCUAUCUUGUAACCAAGUCUUCCUCUUUCACCAGCAGAUGAAGCAGAAUUGUACAAUAUUUCUUCGUUUGCAUUUACGCAGGAUAUCUCUAUAAUCUCUACUCUGCAGUAGGUACAAUUAGAUUAAGGGACAAGAAUAAGGCACAGAUCAUGUACAGUGAUCUCAUCCCAUUGGCCUCAAAUAAUGUGUGCUUUUUGAGGAGCAGUUUUAAUAGUCUAAAUUCUCAAUAUUUGAACACUGUCUCUUGAUACGUUUGCUUCCAUUUCGUUUCUUCCACUUCCUAACUCCCAUCUCCACCUAAAAAUGUUCCAAUGCUAUGAUCCACCUUAAAUCUGGUCAUGGUGCAGUUAACACUUUUAGUAUAAUAGUUGCAAACAGGUGUCCUAUGGAACAUUAGUUCCCUCCUUUAUUGACAUGAAUGAAAAUUGAAUUUCGUCACGGUAAGAUCUUAUCCCAAAGACAUCUCUUCUACUAAUACAUGGAAUAUUCUCUAGCCUAAUCUAGCUUCAGUGCACAUAAUGGCCAAAAAUUGUUUAUGCCUUUCUUGAAAAUGAGAUAUAGGCUCCCAAAUAAAGUUAUUUCCACAUGAUGUUUCAAACAGUAGGAAAAAUAAAGCUGGGCUGUUUUACAUCUUGAAAGCCAAGAGAUUUAAUGUUUUAUAAUUUCUUUAAUUUGGAUUCUGUAGGUGGUGAGAGUCUUUGAAAGGUUUUGUUGAAAAAUGGUCUUCAAAAUAGUAUGAAAUUGAACCAAAGUAUUACCAUCCUUCCAAAUAUUUAUUCUGUAUCUCAGGUAAUCUUUUUGGAUAUGCCAGGAAAGCAUCAGACCAGAGAAUGAAGAGAGAGAGAAAAUAAGUCUAAUGCAUAACUGCAUAUAUGUUUUUUUUUGUUUUUUUUAAAAAACCCAGUGAUUAUAAAAUUCAACACAGUUUUACAGUGUGUCGCCAGUCUUAUUAAAAAAUCAAAUAUUAAUACCUUACUCACCAUGGCAAUCUAAGAUGGGUGGGAGGGAAUGCACAGCAUCACCCAUAUAAUUUACAUUUUCAGAAACUACUUAGACUUUUGGAUGAGUUCCAGCAUAAAUAAAAUACUUUCAAAUAACCCAUUUCACUAAAAAGUUAGACACACACUUGAUUUUCUUUCACUUAAAACAAUAGUACUUAAAGUGCUGUGCUUGGAUCAGGCAGUGUUCUUUCUAUUAAUUAUUUUGAACAUGCACAGAAUCAAACCCAACAGAGAGAGACAAUCCUGCUCUUUGGUGAUCAUUGAAACGCUAACUGUACCAUGAAAGUACAAAUGUAGUUAGUAAAAAGUCACAAAGGGUUGCAGUGUGUUUUUGAUACAAAGCUACCCAUGUUUUACCCUUAGAGAGAGUGCUUUACCCUAGACAAAAAGAUGAAUUCUGUGUAGUACAACUGCCAGUUUUUAAAAAGAUGAAUAUAGCAGAUCCGUGAUAAUCUACAAUUCUUCCCAUUUCAUUUUCUUCAAUAGAACACAGCCAAUUAAAUGAUACCAUGAGCAAUUAAAAAAAAUAAUAAGUUACAAUAGAAUCAUAUGGUGCAGCCUUUUCCUGAUAUGGAAAUCAUAUGGAAAUCAUGGUGCAGCCUUUUCCUGAUUUCCUACAUACAGAUACCACAGAAUGUAGAUAGGUACAAAUAUUAUUUGCCUUUUUUGUUUGUAAAUUAAAAUCUCUCUAAAUAUAAGAAACAAAAGUUACAAAAAUGUGGUUGCUGCAAUAUAUCUGUUAGGCAUAGGCUCCCUGACUUUAAAAUAUUUUUUUCUAUAAACUAGGUAAUAACUGCAUUAAGACUGAAUUUUUCCACCUAGUCAACCAACAUAGCUACAAUUCCUUUAUUUCUUACUCAUCUAAGUGAUCUCCCGCCUGCAAUCUGAAAUGAUUGGCUCUGCUGGAUGUUUAGAACCAUGAUUUUGCUGAUCAUGUCACUUGGCUCAAAAUACACCUUUGCCACAUAUUGCCAUCCGGAAAUGCAAACAACGCAACUGAGCUGGUUUUAAAUUCUUGUCUUCUAGGGAUAUUAAAAAUGCCUGACUUCUAGAUGUGAAAACCAAGUAUCUUUAUAAGCAUAUGCAGCUGACGUAUGGAUGUUUCCCAAAGAUUCUGUAAAACUGGAUAAUUUAAAAGUACAUUUACAAAGUACUUAUACAAAUGGAAAACUCAAGUCCUUUAACGAUGAAAGCGCAGCAGGUGUUACAACCACCACCACCUACUAAAGCAGUAUUUCUCAAACUUGGCAACUUUACAGUAUGUGAACUGCAAAGUCCAGAAUUCCCCAGCCAACAUUUUGGGAGUUGAAGUCCACACAUCUUAAAGUUUCCGAGUUUGAGAAACACGAAGUAUGUUUGAUACCAUAUCCCAUGUGCUCAUUACACUUAGUAUGUUUUCACUUCUUGGUAUAGUAUAGCAAUUUAGAAUCCACUUUACUUAAAAUUAUUCACCAUGAGGAUUUCAGGGAAAUCCUUGGUCGGUCAUUGCAGCACAGUAAUUCUGCAAAUUUUAUAUCUGAUUCAUAAGUUCAGGAAGAGACUCUUUUAUGUUAAAAGAAAGAUUAUUCUUUUUCAGCAUAUUGUCUUAUGUAAAUCAGCAUGUAACUGAGUCACUCUCAGGAUUUAUAACAGCCUAGUAUCGGGGUUAAAUUUAUCAUGUUAUCUUUGUGAACCAGCAGUAACAGGGUGGGAAAGAAACACACUGCUGUGUACUGUAUUUUUAAAGAAAAUAAAAUGAUUUUUUUUCAA